UCACCUAUUCCCCCUAACUGCGUUCUCUCUGUUUUUUCUUCUUUCUCUCACAUUCUCUCUCUUUCUCUCUCUCUCUCUCUCUUCGUUUUUAUUUAUUUUUCUCUUUCUUUUUUUGUUUGUGCUGAAGUUAGGGUUUUUCGAUCUCGUUUCGUGAUUUGUGGAUUCUUCAUCGACUCUCACCGGAUCAAGAUUCUCUGCUUUGUAGUUGGCUCGGAUAACUCACCUAAUUUGGAUUCAUUGUUGGAGUUGGCUGUGGACCAUUUGAUGCGCUACAUCUCACGUGGCUUUGCCAUCAUUAUUGGAGUAAAAGGAAAGGUGCAAUUACUCUGGCUGACCGUGUUUGGUUAGUUCAGCCCAGACAAGUUAAGUUUUAGAAUUAUUUUGGAAAUCUGUUAUUCAAAAUUAAUCCUGGGAAGGAAGCGUAUACACCAGAGGAGGAUUACUUGUAUCCAUGCUGGCAGAGAGCAUGCGUGGAAUUUGUGCUUCGGGUAAUGCCCCUGACGAGUUCUGCUGCCGAUGCAUUCGGUGUGGUGACAAUUUGCCUAGUUGCUAUCCUAAUUCUUCUCGGUCUGCUUUGCAUUGCUUACUCGUUGUACUUCCGCUCUCAUGUUCGUAGUCAAGGCUUUAUUCAACUCACUUAUUUUAGUGGUCCUUGGAUUAUCCGAAUCACAUUCAUUUUGUGUUUUAUCUGGUGGGGUUUUGGUGAGAUUUUACGAUUAAGUUUGCUGAGGCGUAAGGGAAAAGUCUUGAAUGCCCUGGACUUGAAAUGGCAGGAAACUGUUUGCAAAGGCUACCUUGUCUCAAAUCUGGGUUUUGCGGAACCUUGUUUAUUCCUCACCCUCGUUUUUCUUCUUCGUGCACCCUUACAAAGGAUGGAAUCAGGAAUUCUAAGUCGAAAAUGGAAUGGAAAGACUGCAGCAUAUGUUCUUCUCUAUUGCCUUCCAGUGUUUGUUCUUCAGCUCUUCAUUAUACUAAUUGGACCUCAGUUGCGUAAGAAUGAAGGCUCCUUGCAGAAGUUGCCCCAUUAUUUUACAAGCACAGCUACUCCUACCAUAGAAAAUGCCGUUGAUGUGAUCGCCCUCUGUACUUACCCUUUACUAAAUACAAUCCUCCUAGGGCUUUUUGCCAUCAUACUAACUAUCUACCUGUUUUGGCUUGGAAGGCGGAUUUUGAAAUUGGUCAUCAACAAGGGUUUGCAGAAGAGAGUCUAUACAUUAAUAUUCUCAGUUUCAAGUUGUUUCCCAUUAAGGGUUCUUUUGCUUGGACUAUCUGUUUUAUCUGAGCCAGAAGAUUUUCUCUUUGAAGCACUUGCUUUCUCAGCUUUUCUUGCUCUUUUAUGCUGUGCUGGGGUGUGUAUUUGCAUGCUUGUGUACUGUCCGAUUGCGGAUUCUUUAGCCUUGGGGAAUAUUCUGGACAUGGAGGCUAGAAGAAGAAUCAUUGACGACCACAAUGACACCAUUUCUCUCAUUGCUAACCAGAGCCACCUUGAAGAAAGCAGCCGAAUAAGCCCUGGGAGACACUCUGAUGCCUCAACCAAGCGUGGAUCAAUUUCUUUUCGAACUUAUGAGAGGGAUGGGACAUCAACAGGGCCAUUUGUGGAGCUUAGCCUUUUCUCUCCAAGUCGAGAUGCAACCCCACCAGGAUCACCUCCACUCAUGGGUUGGCUAAUGCAUCCUCCAAGGCAAGCACUGGGGUAUUAGAAGUGGGCAAAGGUGAAUAUCAAUUUUGUGGUAAAGAAAAAAAACUGAUUGUAAAGGGUUAGUCUCAAUAAGAAUUUUAUUCUUGGUUUGUUUUCUAAUUUUAGAUAUGGUGAUGGUGGUUUUGGUUAAUGAAAAUUUUAUCAGCAUUUUUCUUUUCCUUAA